AUGCCCUUGAAUAUUAUUGGAACUGCCCUUAUUGAUGGGACUGAUAAAAUUCCUUACUAUCAAACACUCAAAAGGGUGGCUCCCUAUGCAUUAGGUGCUGGUGCCAUUAAAUACUGGUCAAGAGGACCAUCAAAUACGUGGGAAAGAAAGUUGCAUGGAAAAGUUUAUAUAGUUACUGGUGCUACAUCUCAAGGAAUGGGAACAUCUGUAGCUUAUAAAAUGGCAGAAUUAGGCGCACAAUUAAUCAUCUUAACCCGGGAAGUAGACGAAUGGGUCACAGAUUGGUGCGAAGACUUACGUGAAAGUACAAAAAACGAGUUGAUUUUUGUAGAAAAGUGCGACUUAAGCAGUUUAUGGGAAAUUCGUAAAUUUGCCACAAAUUGGCUGGAUAAUUCGCCACCUAGAAGAUUAGAUGGUGUCAUUGUUAUGUCUGGUGAUAUGGAGCCAUGGGGUAUUCCAAAAAUAUCUUUACCACAGAGAAGAUCAUCUAAGGAUGGUUUAGAAUUACAAAUCGCUACAAAUUAUGUAGCAAUUUUCCAUCUUUUAAACUUACUACAGCCUAGUUUCAAGGCUCAACCGCCUGAUAGAGAUGUAAGAAUCAUUCUUGCUACAUGUUGGUUACAGGUUGUGGGUGAUAUCAACAUAGAAGAUCCUCUAUGGCAAAAUGCCAAAUAUGAAAGUGCCUUGAAAUUUUUCGCAAGCAGUAAACUACAAUUAGGAUUAAGCAUGAUGGAAUUACAAAGAAAAAUUUCAGAAGACAUCAAAAAUCAAAAGACAAAUGACACUGAAAGAACAGGUAAAAAUGUUACUAUUACUAUGGUUCAACCGGGUACCAUGCGAUCCACCAGUCUACGUCGGGUCAUUAGCAAUGGUUCGGUGACAUUAUUAAUCAUAGUGUACUGCAUUCUAUUGUACCCCAUUUUGUGGUUGUUCACAAAGAGCGGUCGCCGUGGUGACCAAAGUUUCUUGUACGCCUUGAUGACACCGGAACUAGAGGAAAUAAAUCUUAAAGACGUGAGAGCUAAGUAUAUUUCAGACUGUUCAAUUGUGAAAUUUGCUCGUAAAGAAUUCGAUGACGAGAAAUUGCAGAAGAAAUUAUUCCAAAACACUGAAAGAGAUAUAUUGCAACUGGAAAAGAAAAUCGCAGCAAAAAGAAAUGCCAAUAAAAAAGAGGAGAAAGGAACAAAGAAGAAAAGUCAGCGCAAGAGUAAAAAAGAUGAUUAG